GAGAACCACAGCUUCAGGAGGAGGUUCUCACCGCCCAGCAGCUCUGCAGCCAGGAGGAACCAGAACCAGAACAUCCACAUGAAGACCYAGAUUCAUCAGAGGAGGAACCAGAGCAUCCACAGAUGAAAGAGGAAGAGGAGGAGCUCUGCAGUGUUCAGGAUGAAGAGCAGUUCUUACUGAAACAGGAAGCUGACACUUCCGCUCCAAAGGACAGAGAUCCCUGGGAACCAGAACCACACUGGGACCAGUUCUUCUGUCAGAACUCUGAGGACCAGGAUCAAGAAGGAAGCAGGACUUCUGACCCAGGAUCCAGCAGAUAUGAUGUGGACCGUCCAGAACUGAAGCGUCACAGAGAAACCCACACGGCUGAAAAACUCUUUUCCUGUGAGUUCUGUGGGAAAGGUUUCUACCAGAGCAGCGUCUUAAAGAGUCACAUGAGGACGCACACGGGGGAGAGGCCUUUCUCCUGUCCCUCCUGUGGGAAAAGUUUUACCUACAAACACACGUUAAACACCCACAUGGUGGGCCACACAGGUGUGAGGCCGUACACCUGUCUGAUCUGCGGGAAAGCUUUCACAAACAAAAGCAUUCUGAAGAAUCACGCCAGGAUUCACACAGGGGAGACACCCUUCUCCUGUCAGACAUGCGGGACCAGUUUCAAUCAGAAGUCUAAUUUAGUCAGACACAUGAGGAUUCACACAGGGGAGAAGCCUUUCUCCUGCCCCACCUGUGGGAAAAGCUUCAACCAUAAAUGUAAUCUAAUCCGACACAUGACGACUCACAGAGGUCCAGAUCCGUAGCCGUGGACCUCCCUCAGACCUGGUCUUAGUCCUGGUCCAGCUGCACUGUUAGUCUGGUUUCCUGCUGAAAAUAAAACGUGCUCACCUGUCUUUGAUCUGAACGUUACCGUUGUGUUUGUUAAAGGAUGUUGAAAUAUGAGUCUGAUUCAUGAAGAACUUCCUGUUUGAAGAUGUUUGAUACUGGAACAAAAAAUGUUUGGACUUCUGAUGAAAGUUCUGUAGAAUUCUGACAACUGGAAUGAAGUCAGAAUGUCCUGCAGACUGUUGCAUUCUGGGAAAUGUGGUUUAAUGAAACAGAAGUUUCUGUAAAGUAUUUUUUCCUCCUGAUCAGGUGUUUGAAUGGAACCAAGUUUGAGAAAAACUCUGUUCAGAGGCAGGAAGCUGUUAAACUGCAGGUGACCCUCCUGUAUUUGGUAAAAUGACAAUAAAUACAUUUUGUUUUUAACUCCUGAAGCUAAA